AUGUCCACAUUAGAUAAAGAGUAUCUUAAUAUGGAAUCUUUUACAGUUCAAAUUGAAGAGCAAGACAAAGCAGGCACGAAUAAAAAUAAUGACGAGCAAAACACAGCAGACACGAAUAAAAAUGAUGAAGUGCACGAGAAAGCAGACACGAAUAAAAAUGAUGAAGUGCAAGACAAAGCAGGCAUGAAUAAAAAUGAUGAAGAGCAAAACACAGCCGGCACGAAUAAAAUUAAUGACGAGCAAAACACAGCAGACACGAAUAAAAAUGAUGAAAAGACUGAAAUUGAUGACAAUUUGUUGAUUGAUAUUGUUCCUCAAAUUCUUUCGACCGCCACUACUUUUUCAUCUUAUCCGUCUGACUUACAUUCUAUUGACAAAGUUAUUUCCGAUCUGCAACCAGAAAUACCAUUGUAUUGUAUACGACCAAAAGUUAUUGAAUCUGCUGCUAAUCUUUUUGUUUCAUCAUUUCCUGGCCGAGUGCUCUAUGCAGCUAAAUGUAAUACAGAUCCAUAUAUUUUACAAAUGCUAUGGCAAGGUGGAAUUCGUCAUUUUGAUUGUGCGUCAUUGGGAGAAAUUGAAUUAAUUUAUCGUCAUUUUCCUUUGGGAAAAAUUCAUUUUAUGCAUCCAUUAAAAACUAAAAAUUCAAUACGUAAAGCCUAUUUUGAUUAUGGUAUACGCGAUUUUUCACUUGAUAGUAUAGAAGAAUUAAAUAAAAUUAUUGAAGCAACUGCAAGUGGGAGUGAUCUUGGUCUUUUUAUUCGAGUAGAAUUACCAAAAGGAAUUGCGUUACAUGAUUUAUCGGGUAAAUAUGGUGCCAGUGUAAUAGAAUCAAUCAAUAUUUUACGUCAAGCUCGACCAAUUGCUAAACAAUUAGGUAUAUGUUUCCAUGUAGGUUCUCAAUGUUUAGAACCACAAUGUUAUGAACAUGCUUUUGCUAUUGUGAGUGAUAUUAUUAGCCAAGCUAAUGUUAAAAUUGACGUUAUUGAUGCUGGUGGCGGCUUUCCUGCAAGUUAUCCAGGCUCUAUACCGCCUUCUCUUGAUCUUUUUUUCCUUGCCAUUAAACGCGGUUUUGAUGCCUUAAAUUUACCUGAAGGAGCACUUUUAUGGUGUGAGCCUGGUCGUGCAUUAGUAUCUGCAGCAUGUUCGCUUGUAGUUAAAGUAAUGGCUCGCAAAAACCAUACACUGUAUAUAAAUGAUGGAAUAUACGGAAAUUUAGCUGAUGCUGGCCCAUUAUUGGAUUGGCGGUUUCCUGUGCGUCUUGUACGUCCAGACCAGUUAUCAACAACAAAAACAGAUGAAGAGAAAAACUUUACUUUUUAUGGACCGACUUGCGACAGUCUCGACUUUAUGGACGGUCCAUUUGUAUUGCCAAAUGAUGUUAAAGUUGAUGAUUACAUUGAAAUUGGUCAAUUUGGCGCCUAUAACUCGGCUUUUAGAACUUCGUUUAAUGGGUUUGGUGAAACUAUGACUGCUCUAGUAAAUGAUGAUCCUCUCAUGAUUACUCCAGGUUAUUAA